CAUUUCCCAGCCGCCCUCAGGAUUUUCCGGGGCGCACUGCGCUCUGCUUUCCGGCCGCAUCUUUUACGUCAGUUCGAACCGAAGUUUUGUCACGACUGGGCCAAUUCCCAGAACAUGGGUUCUUCGUUGUUCCGGCCUCUGCAGCCUAAGAAAUUCGACGAUCCUCCGGUGGCCGCUUCCCCCGCUCCCCCAGAUGCGUCCGAAGCGCCGACCUCCCCAGAGCAAGCGCCCUUGUUUAAUAACUGCUGGAGUUGCCGGGUGCUCUCCGGGUCGGGACUGAUAGGGGCAGGCCUUUACGUGUACUUGGUGGCGCGGAAACCUAUGAAGCUCGGAUAUGCUCCGGGUCCAGGCCCUAUUGCCCAGAUGGUCAUCGGCAUCAGUGAGAGCCGGGGAGUGCCGCUUGGGCUGGGGUGGCGGGGCAUUGCUUGUUGGGGUAUAGUUAUCCUGGCAGACCCUAAAGGAAAGGCCUACCGGGUUGUUUGAAUGAACAAUGAACUUGUCACCUCUUACCCCUGGACCCAUUACACAGGAAGCAUGGGAUUUAUGGUUGUUCUGGACAGACGUGUGGAGGAGCUUUGUCUUCACUAUUGGGAAUACUACAAGACUGAAAAACAAUGAAAACAUUGGUUGUCAUACCUUGACUGUGAGUGUGGCUUUCUUGUCAGGUUUCAGAGGGAUCAAUAAAUCCCUUAGAGAAGAAAAUGAUUCUGUGUCCUAUCUGGGGAAGGAGGGUAUAAUUUAAAUUUUACUUAAAUAUAAUUGAAUUUAGUUAAAUUAUGAUUUGUUAUUAUUAAAAUGAAGGAAAUGAUAAGC